AGCCGAUUGGAGGGCGGCAGGGAAAAAGAGAACUUUUGGAAGUUUAUAGCUGCGAGUGCGCUCCUCGAGGAGAGCGAGGCAAGCGCCGCGAUCGCGCGACGGCAGACGGGAAAGGCACUACUGGACGAGUACAAUUCAGGACGACUCACAUGAUCUUAUUGUAUGGCCCCUCUAUCGUCCAUGAUGAAUUCAUUUCAAGGGCCACUCUCACUAGAAGGAAAACAACAGGAACGCAAAAGUGUGGACAAAGAGGAGGCUCAAAGCAACGAUAAAGCGACUGUCAAAGGAUGUAAAGGCAAGGCGCUGUGUCUUCCGUUCAGUGUGGAAUCUUUAAUAUCAGACAGAACAAGCAGGCGGACUUUAUACACGUCAUCUGAAUCUGGUAUUAAAUCUCCGACAUCCGGCGGAGAUGAGCGGCUGAGGCUCUCGCCCAUGGCUCUUUACGCAGAUCGAAAGAUCCCAGUGGAGAACGUCUCCAACAUAUCCGACUGCAAGAGCGGAGACAUGGAAGAACUGGAUGACAAGGCACAGUCCGGAUGGUUUCAGACUCCCUCGUACACUUCUCCACCAAGGCACUCAAGUCCACCUCCAUGUCCCCUCAGAAAGCACAAGAACAACCGAAAACCGCGGACCCCGUUCACCACCUCGCAGCUGCUCGCUUUGGAGAGAAAAUUUCGUCAAAAACAGUAUCUUUCUAUUGCAGAGAGAGCGGAAUUUUCCAAUUCACUCAACCUCACCGAGACUCAAGUUAAAAUCUGGUUUCAAAACAGACGAGCGAAGGCAAAAAGACUACAAGAGGCCGAGCUUGAGAAACUGAAACUUGCAACCAAGCCAUUAUUACCUGCGUUCGCCUUUCCGUUCCCAUUCGGGACACACGUUGGAUCUCCACCCCUCUACGGACCGUCCAGUUCCUUUCCUAGACCUGCGUUACCAGUCCCAGGACUUUUCGGAGGGCCAGUAACCUACGGAAUGUAUUAUUUGUCUUAAUCAGGAGUCACCGUCUGUAGCGGCUGCUGCGGUUCUGUCAGUCACAGGACGAGUGAAGUCAUAGAAAAUAAACUUUCUUUAAAGAACUCUACUCCAAUUUAAAAUAAAUUAUUCUUGUGAUCUACACAGUUUAUACAUAAUGUGAGAGUCCCCAAAUUGGCUUUAAAAGUGCAAUGAAUCUUCCCUGAAUAUUGAAGGCUUUAUAAGUAGUAGGCUAUACAUAACCCGCUAUGUGGCUAAUUGUCUUAAUGUCCAAGAAAAUUAAUUUCCAAGAGAUUAUUUCUACUGAGGGCACAGCCAAACUGGCAGGUGUCUAGAUCAGCAUCAUUUGCUGAUGCGCGUGAUGUGCGAGAAACACCUCAUGUGCCCUGACAUGGAUACUUCUGCGCCAGUUCCAACAAAGCUGUUGGAUUCAAGAAAUUACCGUAUAAUUAUUACUAAGGGUUUUCUAACUUGAAGAGCUUGUUGCGAAUGCCAGCAGAAUUUUUACAGUAAAAAAAAAAAAAAUUCAACUAUGUCUUAUGACAUUGCUACUUUCCAAUAGCCAAAUUCAGGCUUAAAUGGAUAGUAGGCGAAGUGUGAGCCUUUUUAAAAUGAAUAGGCUAAGUGUAUUUCCACGCAAACCAAAUAUUUGUAGCAUAUUACAAAGAUAAAUAUGAUUUGCUAAAUGUAGCCUACACAGCCAAUAUGUCCGCUAUAGGCUACCUCUACGUCUUUUAAUUAUUAUUCAUUUGACAGGUUACCCGGUUUAUGUUGAAAUACGUGAUUUGUUAUUCUGUUGGUCUUUACUGAAGAGGAUCUAGAUGCAGAGACAACCAGCAUCGUCCAUUAUACCAUAGGCUACUUUUUCUAAACUUUUCCUUCCGCAAGUUUUACAUGCUGUUGGAUCCGGAGGAUUUUUUUGGCCCGUUUAUUGAUUUUUCGCCUGUUUAGCCAUAAUCCCUUCAGUAGACUACCUACAUGUAUGCUAGUUUGAAAGAUUAAUGUCUAGAUUUGUAUUAUUGUAAAUACAGGGCCUAUAUUACAGAUUUUGCAUUCCCUUUUUUGAAUAAAUUACAAAUUGGAUUGCUGAUAUUUAUGCACUGUGUUUACAUUUAUCUUCUGUAAAUUAUUGUAUAUUUUAUAUGUAUAUACAAAUUAGAAAAAUAAACUUUUCAUAAAAAAAUA